CUCUUUUCAGUUUUGCGCAUGUUCCUUUUCCACCAGCCAUGACCCAAUAUCAUGGCACCUGGUCGCAGCUCAGUCCUGGGGAGCUUGAGAACGUAAAAUUGUGGACUUCUGAUGAACGCUCACAAUAUUUGCAGAAUCAGGGCAUUGUCUCUGCCAAGCAGGAUCCCUCAAUCUCCAGAUUUCUUUCAGAUGUUCUGGUGGACAGUGGCCUGCCAGCUCCGUGGAUGUUUCGCAGGGAUGAUGAAGGCAAUGCUUUUUUCUGGAAUCAAACCAGCAACGAGACUUCCUGGGUGCACCCGCUGGAUCUGACUCUCCGCGAGGUUUCCUGCGUCUUCCAGACUUGCCUUCAACUAUCACCUGAGCUUCGAAACAACUGCAUCAACUCUCUUCAGGAGAGCUGGGAAGCCAGUAUCACGAAGAUGCUCAGUGGUUGGGAACGGGCAGAGGAUGAAUCAGGCAACGUCUACUAUCACAAUGAGAGCCGGGAGGAUUCAAUCUGGGAGCAUCCGUCUCAGGUAUUCCUACCUAUGCAACAAAUGAAAGAGCAAGCGCUGAACCGCGUGAGGGAUUUGGCCUAUUUGGAACACGUAGGUGCCACUCCACGCAAGCAGGGAAGCAAGAUCUCCAUCCUGUCGCCACAAGAAGCAGCCUCCACGGACUCUGCGGUAGAAGCGGUUGACACUGAAGCUUGCCAAACUCAGGUUGAGAUGUUGCCUGAGAAGCAAAGUACGGUGGCUCCAGAGGUGCCUUUGCCUGAUCCGGAUCCGAUGCGCGCAACAACACCACGCACAGCGACCAGCGCAACAAGGACUUCAACUGGUGAACACAGGAAUCCUUCAUCUCGCGAGAGGAAUGGAACAGCUGCCAAGUCAGUCUUGCGAAUCGCCAGUGACACCCUGCAGGCAAGACGUGCCCUCCCUCUCCCGACUUCGGACCCAAAGCUCAGCAAACGACCGGUCUUGCGAUCUGCCUCCGAGUCACAAAUAAACUUGGGCUCGACUGCAGCUCGAACUGACUCUUGGCUUGUGUCCUGUGUGCCAUUUGCUUCGGGUGGUUGAUUGAAGGUUCAGGCGCUAGAAAAAUCAUCGCUAGCGCCAUUGUUCAUAUCACAUUUGAGUGAAGAUCAUGUGCACUUCCGCCCAAAAGUCUGAAGGGGAGUGUGUCACAGACAUGAUAGAGCCGAACUGUUUCAGGGCGUGGAUCCUUGUUUGCUGGCGUCCAAUAAAUUUGACACAGGUAAAGCGCUCCCUGACCGAAGAGAAGGCCUGGUGGUGGCUUGAUGUCCCCCAAAGGCGAGCGUUGAAGAUGUGAGCGCAAAGAUGAGGACGAGUCUGAGUCUUUCUGAGGGCUCAACCAACUCAGCAAAUUCAGCGGACUCAGCGAAGGUUUUGCUUCUGAUAAUGUAGAUUUUUUGGAUCGAAUGCGUUGCACCAACUCUGCCUUCCAAAGACGGAGGCCUGUUGCUGUUUGCAACUGUCAGGUGGUUCAGUGUUUCACCCCAGGCAGGGCAUCACUCAGCGUUUCUGGUCCUGAAUGCUCAUGCUCAUAAUCAACAGCGAAGCUAAUAAUUACUGCUAGGCGUUUUGCGCACAAUAUCUGUUGGUCACAACGGAGGAGCUACAAGAGUUGACUGCACUUUGGAGAAAAUGAGAGCUAAUGCCUAAUAAGUUAUUUUUGUUUUCCAAGGAAAGUCUAGUAAAAGAGAGUCUUGAACAUGCAGCCUUUGCUUUGGAAUUGUUGUGGUACGUACAGGUGCAUAAUGUAGGGUACUGUUUGAUGCAGCACUGAAAGCUAGUGGCAUGAAGCCAAGUUAGGGCCUGCUCGCCCUCUUGCGCCAGCGCUCCAGUUUCAAUCUGAACAAGUUGGAUACUGCAAGCAGCAAACACAGAGUCGACAGUUGGACAGAACGCUAGCGAUAUCA